CUCAGCACCGGGGAAAAGUGGACAUACAACAAGAAAGCAAUGCCGAUCCUCAUCAGUCACGGGACUUAUCGAGUGUUCGGAUUCGCACCGUCGAACUGCCUGAUGGAUUCUGCAAAGAUAGACGAAAACGUCGCGCGCAACAAGUUUGCGCACUCUGACAACCGUUUUCAGGAACUCUGUUACGUGCUGUGGUGCAGCAACGGCGGGGCGACCUUGUCUACGGCACACCCAGCCCUGGAAGGAACGUGGUGCGGUGGGAAAAAUUGGUGUAUCAAUGGCGCUUGCGUUCCAUGGCCAGCCAAUGAUCCGCCAAAAGCAGUUAAUGGCCAGUGGUCAGAGUGGACAAGACCGAAGCUCGCUCUGUGCUCAGAAUGCAAAACUAGAAACGGCGUUAAAGUCAGGAAGGAGACCAGAAGAUGCAUAUCACCAGCACCGAAUAACGGCGGAAAAGACUGCGCAGGUUUGUCGAUCAGGGCUCUCAUCUGCGAUGGCAGGCCAGAGUGUCACGACCUUGACAGGAAAGACUAUGCCGACGGCGUGUGUAACUCGAUUAAAAACGACCCUGUCAAUCCUGACCUAAAACUGACGGGCGAAAACUAUCAGCGUAAUUAUGUUGUUUUUCUGUCGUCAUGGAAUGCUGAGUUGCACAAAUGGUCUAAUAGGCUUCUGGGAGCAAAGAGGCGCAUUAUAAUAUCAUGUAUGCAGAUCCACGUUCCAGAUCGACUUGCUCAAUUCAUGCAGAACAUCAAAAUUAUGAAGGUGCUUCGAAGCGCGAUGCGGGCGAUUAGAAAACAACGAUUCUUGAAACGCUUAGACAAGCUUAGACAUGAAAUAGACAAGCGGUCUCAUAAUUUUAAAACCUUAGAUCCUUCUUGGCCUUGCAAACUAUGGUGUAGAAUUAAAGGAGCAGAGAUGAUCAGAAACAAGGGAUUCUACCCUGACGGUGUGCCAUGCGGUGUAGACGAAUACUGCGUGGAGGGCAGGUGUCUGAAACUCGGUUGCAACGGCACGGCUUUGGUUGACAACGCGGACAGAGACUGUCCGAACGAAGGUUCGCAUUAUUCUCUUAACACAGGUCCUGCCAGCGUCUAUGCUUGUUCAAAUGCGUUUCAGGAAAUUUUGGCUGGAGCAUUUGGUCGGAGUGGACGAGCUGCUGUCAUAAAGAGUGGAAGAUCAGGCGGCGGCCAGGAAUGUGUCGGAAGCGACAGCGAAAGAGCAAAGUGCGGCAAGACAGAAUGUCCGAAGUGGUCCACGUGGGGUGAAUGGGGAGACUGUUCGUCGACGUGUGGCCAGGGAUAUCGUCUUCGCUCGCGUGAAUGCAGUGUGCCACCGAAGUGUGAAGGUUCCAGCAUUGAUACAGAAGAAUGCAAUGGCAAUCAGUGCACACAGUGGAAUUCGUGGUCUAGAUGGUCUUCGUGCUCUCAGUCCUGUAACACUGGUUUCCGCAAACGAUCUCGGAAGUGCCCUGUUGCCGGAAGUUGCCUGGGCGCAGCAGAUGAAGCAGAACUGUGCAACAGCGCUCCAUGCCAUUCGGACUACGAAUGGACAGCGUGGUCAACGUGUAGCAGCAAAUGUGGACCCGGAAUAAGAAACCGGACGAGGAAGUGCAAGGAAAGAAGCGGCAGACGGUGCACCCGUGGCAGUGCAUUGGAUCGUGAAGAAAUGAGUUGCAACUUGGGACCUUGUCCCACGUGGUCGCCUUGGAGUACGUGGUCAGAAUGCACUAACACGUGCGGGUUGGGGAGAAAGGUCCGACGACGCAACUGUUCAUCUUCUACGGAUCGUUGUACUGGCGAGGCAGAGGAGCAUGAAGGCUGCGUACAAAAGGCGUGCGACAACAGGUCGUUCGUUCAUGAAUAUUCUUGGUCUGAAUGGGGACUGUGUUCUGCAACAUGCGGAGCCGGCAUUAGAAGCAGGCGCCGCAAGUGCAAGUUCGAGUCUGAAUGUUCUGGUAGUUAUGUGGAGUACACGGGCUGCUUCAUCGAGCCAUGCCAAACGGACCAAUGGGAGACGUGGGAGGUGUGGAGCGACUGCUCAAAGCCAUGCAACGGUGGCUUCCGACAAAGGUAG